AUGAUUCGCGCAAUUAUCUUCACUUGUCUCCUCGUGGCUGUCUCAGCCUACUGGCAACCAAAAGAGCACCGCAUUGUUGGUGGAAACGAAAUUACCAUCGACAAACGUCCCUUCCAAGUUUCAUUGAACUUGAAUGGAUAUCAUUAUUGCGGAGGUUCCAUCAUCAAUGAAUACACCAUCUUAACUGCUGCCCAUUGCUCUCAAAACUCUGCAAGCAACUACCAAAUCCGUGCUGGAUCUACCCAAAAAGGCAGCGGAGGACAAUUAAUUCGUGUGUCACAAAUUAUUGUGCACCCAAAAUAUGGUUACAAUGGAUUCGAUUCUGAUGUCGCCCUCAUGAAACUCUCAGAACCAUUGAGAUUUAGCGCAGAUGUUCAACCAAUCAGAAUGGCGCCAGCAGGAUACAUUGUUAAUGAUGGAGACACUCUUGUUGUCAGCGGAUGGGGAGCUUUGUCAUCUGGCGGAUCAUCUCCAAACAACCUUUAUGAAGUUGCUGUUCCUACUGUCAACCAACAAGUUUGUGCAAAUGCUUAUGGUUCAAGCAGCAUCACGAAUACUAUGAUUUGCGCCGGAGUUGGAGGCAAGGAUUCAUGCCAAGGAGAUUCUGGAGGUCCAUUGACACACAACGACUUGCACGUUGGUAUUGUUUCAUGGGGACGUGGAUGUGCAUUGGCUGGUUAUCCAGGCGUUUAUGCUCGUACCUCUGAAUUGCGUGAUUUCAUCGAUCAAUAUGCAUAAAUGGUUGAUGUUUUUGUGAAAUAAAUA